GCGGCCGGGCGGAAGCGGCCGCGGCGGCGCUGAGGGAGCGCGGCGGGCGGAGCGGGCAGGAAUUACAUCUGGCAGACAUGGGUGAACCUCAGCAAGUGAGCGCCCUCCCUCCGCCUCCAAUGCAGUACAUCAAAGAAUACACUGAUGAAAAUAUCCGUAAAGGGCUGGCUCCAAAGCCCCCUCCCCCUGUCAAGGACAGCUACAUGAUGUUUGGGAACCAGUUCCAGUGUGAUGAUCUGAUCAUUCGGCCCCUGGAGAGCCAGGGCAUUGAGCGGCUGCAUCCUAUGCAGUUUGACCACAAGAAGGAGCUAAGGAAACUUAACAUGUCUAUCCUGGUCAACUUCCUGGACCUCUUGGACAUCUUGAUAAGGAGUCCCGGGAGUAUAAAGCGAGAGGAGAAACUGGAAGACUUGAAACUGCUUUUUGUCCACGUGCAUCACCUGAUAAACGAGUACCGGCCCCACCAGGCCAGGGAGACGCUGAGGGUGAUGAUGGAGGUGCAGAAGCGGCAGCGCCUGGAGACGGCCGAGCGCUUCCAGAAGCACCUGGAGAGAGUGGUGGAGAUGAUCCAGAACUGCCUGGCGUCCCUGCCCGAUGACCUGCCUCACACAGAGGGGGGGCUGAGGGUCAGCGUGGAGCCCGUGGAUGCUGAUGAUGGCAGCGGCUGCGCUGGGCAGAGCGAAAAGCAGAGGGAGCGUUCUGGGGGCAAGAGAGAUCAGGUUCUGGACAAGGAUGCAGCAAUGUGCAGCAUUAUUGAUGAAAUGACAUGAAGCAAGCAGCUGGUUUUGGUACUGCACCGCAGUGAGAGACAGGAGGGGUUCUGAGAAUACACGUUGUGUUUUGUUUUGCUGUUGUACAAGCAGACAAAGCAUUUGUUGUGCACCUGUUGGAGGUUGUGAGUGACUGGGCAGAUGAAAAUGUUUAAAGGUUUGUGGUUUUUUGGUAAAAAUGAAACAGUCUGACUUUUGUUAAAUGUAUCAUGUGAGAUGGUAGGCACAGAUUAAAGUUGGCUUUUCCUGUUGUA